AUGACCCCCCUGAUCAACUACAUAGAAAAGGGAGAGUUACCCGAAGACAAAGGAAAAGCUCAAAGACUAAAGGCUAAAGCAGCAAAGUUUUUCGUAGAAGGCGGGAUCCUGUUCCGCCGAACCUACUCAGCCCCGAUCCUGAAGUGCAUUGGACCUGAAGAAUCCGAAUACUGUCUAAGGGAAGUCCAUGAAGGAAUCUGUGAAGACCACAUGUCGGCCAAAAGCUUAGCCUACAAGAUCAUCAGACAAGGGUACUACUGGCCGACUAUCCAUCAAGAUGCUAUGGGAUUUGUGAAAAAAUGCAAGAACUGUCAGUUGUUCAGCAACGUGCCCCGGGCAAGCCCUGUCCUACCUUCCUCAGUAUUAUCCCCGAUCCCCUUUGUUGUAUGGGGGAUAGACAUCAUGGGACCCUUCCCCCGGGCUAAGGGAGACCUCAGGUACCUGCUUGUCUCCAUUGAUUAUAUGACCAAGUGGGUCGAGGCCAAAGCGAUGCGGACAAUCAAUCAGCAAGACGUCAUCCGGUUCAUGGAUAACAUCCUGAUGAGGUUCGGGCUACCAAGAGUCCUGGUCUCAGACAACGGACCCCAGUUCAUAGGGUCAGAUUUCGAAAGUUACCUGGCUGAAAGAGGUAUCAAGCAUAAAAAGUCUUCAGUCGCCUAUCCUCAAAGAAAUGGCCAGGUAGAAGUUACCAACCGGAUCCUCUUGAGAGGAAUUGAAAAAAGGUUAGAAGAAAGCAAGAGCAAAUGGCCGGAAGAACUACCACAUGUUCUCUGGUCAUACCGAACCAGUCCCCGGACAAGCACCGGAGAAACUCCAUUCAAGUUAGCCUAUGGAACAGAGGCAAUGCUUCCAAUCGAAGUCGGGUCACCUUCCCAUAGAACAAUUAACUUUGAUGAAAUCGCGAAUAAGGAGGGACUCCGGACCAACUUGGAUUUGAUAGAUGAGGUCCGAGAUCAGGCAAUCGCAAGAAUGGAAAAAUACAAAGAAAAGACCCGGGAUCACUUCAGCAAAAAAUCCCGGGUUAGGAAUUUUCAAACAGGAGACCUGGUCCUACGAGACACCGAAGCCUCAGAUCCGACCAACACUGGCAAGCUGAUGCCAAAGUGGGAAGGCCCUUACAGGGUCAAAGAAGUCCUAAGGCCGGGUACCUACAAGCUCGAACACAUGGACGGAUCCGAAGUAUCAAACACCUGGCAUGGUCUUAGGUUGAAUUCUAUCAAUAGAACGAAGGGGAAGAAAAGACCUUGGAAGACAGCUACGUAUUUCUAA